AUGCACAUGGCCCAAAACCCCACAAAUCUUCGACGUCAGGCAGUGCGCGUGGAUCCUUCGGCCUUCCGGUCGACGUAUAAGGGGCUUGGGAAGAACGAUGCUGUCGUGCUGAAGGCCCUUUUAGACAAGUUUCGAAAGCUAUAUCAGCUCCGCAGCCCAACAGGGGAGAAUAAGGAAUUGCUUGUCUCCGCGGAUAGUAUCAAUUGCGCCCUUGUCAUCCACGAUGCCGCGAUAUACGAUGCCGCGCUCGACUGGGGCCUGCACGAAUUCUAUCAAGAUAUUAUCAUGGACGAUGGCUUCUUCACCGCGCCUGUAUUCUUUACAGACAGCAUCAUAGAAGGUCUUGCAUCCUUAGUCGUCUAUUUUGGACACCAGUUUACGCAGAAGAUCCGUUCUCAUCCUACAAAGACCUCUAUCGUCAUUCGAGCGCAUCUGUUGUGGAAAUGCAUCUGGGAGCAACGACGCGCCCUCAAACUGCACACCAAGUCCGAACACCAUUAUGUGGGGAAAAACUGGGCGUCGGGUACUUCGUGGUCAGAGCCUAUCGUGCAACUCGCAUUUGUCUACCACGAGUUGCUGGAGAUGGAAGUGGGGCGCUUGAGGUACAAUGAGAUGCUCAUUGAUACCUACAUCCAACAUGUCGCACUAUAUUGCCUGCUAUCUUUCAAACAGACCUCAACCGACCGCGUGCCAGAUCCAGACUAUAGGGAUUUCGCCUACGAGGCGCUCUCGUCGCUGAUUCUAGCGGACAGAAUUCACACGCGGCGGCUCGUCUCCGAGGUCCUUCUGACCGACGACGGCCAACUGGCAGACUCGUUCGCACAAUAUCUUAGCGAACUCCUUCAACGGGAUGAGCCUGUUGACGGCCUGGAGUUCGAUGAGUUUCAAAAUCAGAAACAGUCGGUAAUCGUUCUUGGAUGCCAUCCAUCCAUCACGGAACGCCUUUGGAAAUAUCGCGGUCACGAGCAUUGUGUCCGUGCCAUGGCGAAUGUCUUUUGGAAUACGAGUACCGGCACCUUUAUGAGCGAUUGGUAUAGUUGUCAAGUUCUGACUGGGUCUAUCCUUGAGUUAAUGGAAAGAUCGGCUUGGGCGGGUGCCCCUAUUGUAUAUUGCCGAGGAGUAGACGUUGUGACAGAAUGUGCUCGGAUCAUCGACUGCCUCCUCGUGAACGAUGGCUCAAUGUGCCUAGUCAUGGUUCCGAAUGCCCCGUCAAUCUCAGGGCUUCAGACGCAGUGCAAAAACGAUCAGCCUACGUUAGAGUUCUUGCAAUCGAUGAAGAAGGGGAUGAAGGAGGAGUGGUGGGUGACUCGCUUGCACAUGGACGCUCAGAGACCUGCCAUAGAGAAGUUUCUCACGCCCGAGUCGCCUCCCGGAGUUAUCGAAAAACACGACGACAUUCGCGUUGCGUGGGACACACUUGCUCACGCUCUUGGCCUAGAUGACGAAGAAGAGAACCAGAGGUUUCAUAAAAGCAGAUCGGACCGAUGCCUAGGGCAUGCGCAGGCUGCGGCCAGGUCUACUACUGUAGCCGUCAGUGUCAAAAGAGAGAUUGGAAUAAAGGCGGACACAAAAGCCGGUGCGGGGAUAGAGUCAAGAAAUGAGAUGACCCGCGACGAACGAUCUUUAUGCGUUAAGUACGCUGUUAUUGCUCCACAUCCUUUCUCUACGAGCACGUAUCCACAGAUGGCAUAG